AUUCAACGCACCCUCUCUAUCAUUAAACCUGAUGCUGUCCAGGCUAAUAAGCAAAACGCUAUUGUUGCCAAGAUUAAGGAUGCUGGAUUCACGAUCGUUCAAGAACGCCAAGUACACCUUACUUUGGAUCAAGCACGUCUGUUUUACCGUGAGCACGAAGGAAAGCCAUUCUAUGGUGAAUUGACUCAAUGGAUGAGCAGUGGACCUAUUCAUGCGAUGAUUUUGGAAAAAAACAACGCGAUCCAGGACUGGCGUGCCAAAAUGGGUCCCACGGAUCCUGUCAAGGCGCGUGAUAUUGAACCAAACAGCAUUCGCGCUCUUUUCGGUACAGAUGGUAUGAGCAAUGCUACCCAUGGAAGCGAUUGUCAGACUAGCGCCGAACGAGAGAUUCAGAUUCUGUUC